AUGUUUCCUAGCCCUGUGACGACGACCCCUUUCUCGGUCAAGGACAUUUUGAACCUGGAGCAGCACCAGAGCGGCCUGGCCCCCAUGGAGCUGCCGUCGCCCUCCUGCAUGCUGGCCGCCUUCAAGCAGGAGGCCUUCGGCACCGAGCCCCCCGGGCUGCCCGACCUGCGGGAGGAGCUGCCCGAGCCUCCCCCGGGCAAGGCGGCCUUCCCCAGCCCUUACUACGUUAAGAGCUACGCGGAGAUGGACUCGGCCAAGGACCCCAAGGCGGAUAAGAAAGAGCUGUGCUCCCUGCACAAGAGCCUGGAGCAGGAGAAGAGAGACCUGGACGAUCCCGAGCGCCCCAGACAGAGGAAGAGGAGGAAACCUCGCGUCCUCUUUUCCCAGGCCCAAGUCUACGAACUGGAGAGAAGGUUCAAGCAGCAGAAAUAUCUCUCGGCUCCCGAAAGAGACCAUCUAGCCAACGUCCUAAAGCUCACCUCCACCCAGGUGAAAAUUUGGUUCCAGAAUAGAAGGUAUAAAUGCAAAAGGCAGAGACAGGAUCAGACCCUCGAGAUGGUGGGGAUCCCGCCGCCCCGGCGGAUAGCCGUGCCGGUGCUGGUGCGGGACGGGAAGCCCUGCCUGGGGGAGUCUUCUCCCUACAGCUCGCCCUACAACGUCAGCAUUAACCCCUAUAGCUACAACGCCUACCCCGCGUACCCCAACUACAACAGCCCGGCCUGCAACGCCAACUACAACUGCAACUACCCCUCCGUGCAGCCCAUGCAGCCCUCGGCGGCCGGCAACAACUUCAUGAACUUCAGCGUGGGGGACUUGAAUUCGGUGCAGACACCCAUCCCGCAGGGGAACGCGGGCAUCUCCACGUUGCACGGGAUCCGAGCCUGGUAG